CUGCCCAAGUGCAACUGACAAAUUUUCGUGCUAGUUGCUUUUCUAGUCAUCGUCUUCAGAUUUCAGAAUCUUCACUAGGUGAAACUUCAAAUCCCUACUUAUUAGUGCAGCAUAUACUAUCCACUACAAUAAUGUCUACAAACUCCAUCAAGUUGAUUGCCAGUGACGUCCACCGUGGGCUUGCUGAGCUUGUGGCCAAGCGUCUAGGAAUGAGAUUGACUCCUUCAGAGGUGAAGAGAGAUCUGACUGGAGAAGUACAGUUUUCCAUUGCUGAGUCCGUCAGAGAUGAGGACAUCUUUAUAAUCUGCCAGAUUGGUUCGGGAGUCGUCAAUGACCGUGUUAUAGAACUAUUGAUCAUGAUCAACGCCUGUAAAACCGCUUCUGCUAGAAGAAUCACUGUCAUCUUGCCCAACUUCCCUUAUGCUAGACAAGACAGAAAGGAUAAGCUGAGGGCGCCCAUCACCGCCAAGUUAAUGGCAGACAUGUUGACCACCGCUGGAUGUAACCAUGUGAUCACCAUGGACUUGCACGCCUCCCAGAUCCAAGGUUUCUUUGACGUCCCAGUAGACAACUUGUAUGCUGAGCCUUCUGUGGUGAGAUACAUCAAGGAAAAGAUCAACUACAAGGAUGCUAUUAUUAUUUCACCAGAUGCUGGUGGAGCAAAGAGAGCCGCAGGUCUUGCCGACAGACUUGACUUGAACUUUGCGUUGAUCCACAAAGAAAGAGCAAGAGCCAACGAGGUGUCAAGAAUGGUACUUGUAGGAGAUGUCUCAGACAAGAUCUGUGUCAUUGUAGAUGACAUGGCUGAUACUUGUGGUACCUUGGCUAAGGCUGCUGAGGUUUUAUUGGAAAACCAGGCAAAGGAGGUCAUAGCCAUUGUCACCCAUGGUAUUCUCUCUGGUAAUGCCAUAAAGAAUAUCAACAACUCCAAAUUGACCAAGGUGGUGUGUACCAACACCGUUCCUUUCGAAGAAAAGUUGAAGUUGUGUCCAAAGUUGGACACCAUCGAUGUUUCUGCUGUGUUGGCAGAGUCCAUCAGAAGAUUGCAUAAUGGAGAGAGUAUCUCGUAUCUUUUCAAGAACGCUCCUUUGUGAUAGUAAGACCUGGCAGAGCUAUGUUUCGUUUCUAUUUAUUCUAUAUACGCAAAGUUUG